GUGGUAAAGAGAGUAGUGCAGAUAUCUUUUGUGCAUUGUUUUGGCAUUGUCUUCGUAAGGGAAGAGGAUUCUUCUGUUCUCUAAAGUCUCACAAGAAAUCUUUGUUUCACAAUAAUAGACUUAGAGUUAUUGUUUUAAAUUUAAAAUGGCUCAAAUACCUUCUAGUAGCGCUUUACGUGCUCUAGCCUUGGAAUUUAAAAGCCUUCAAGAGGAGCCUGUGGAAGGUUUUCGCGUCAAACUAGUAUCCGAGGAAAAUUUGUUCGAAUGGGAAGUUGCAAUAUUUGGACCUCCAAAGACUUUGUAUGAAGGUGGUUAUUUUAAGGCUCAUAUAAAGUUUCCUCCUGAUUAUCCAUACUCUCCUCCUUCAAUAAGGUUUCUUUCUAAAGUGUGGCAUCCUAAUGUAUAUGAAAAUGGUGAUCUAUGUAUUUCUAUUCUUCAUCCACCAAUUGAUGACCCUCAAAGUGGUGAACUACCGUGUGAGCGUUGGAAUCCAACUCAAAAUGUUCGAACUAUCCUUCUUAGUGUGAUAUCACUUUUAAAUGAGCCAAAUACAUUUUCUCCUGCCAAUGUUGAUGCAUCUGUCAUGUAUAGGCGAUGGAAAGAGUCUAAAGGAAAGGACAAAGAAUAUGAAAACAUUAUAAGGAAGCAAGUUUCUGCCACUCAUGCCGAAGCCAAGAAGGACAAUGUUGUAGUACCUAUGACUCUUGAAGAGUACUGUAUUAAGCAUACUGUUAAACCUUCCGAAUGUGAAACUGAUAUGACUGAUUUCUAUGAUGAUGACUAUGGUGAUGAUAUGGAUGAAGAUGAUGAGGACGAAGAUGAAGAAGACUACGAUGAAGAUAAUGAAGAUUCCGGAAAUGGUGAAUCAUGAUACUUCCUUUCGAUUCUAUCCAUUAUUAAAACUAUUGAAACUUCUGAAUGUGAAACAAUUUUAGAGCCUUGUAUAAGUUUUGUGAUGUCGAAUGGGCAAAACUUGGAAAGCAUGGAAGGUUUGAUCAUAUUUAAUGUCUGGUACUGAGAUUGUUAUUUGAGAAUUGCAUUUCACGUAGUCUACCACUACUCAUAAUGCUCUCUUUGAACAUUAAAGAAAGAUCCUAAUUGUGCGCUUGGUGUUUAAAUUAUUCUUUUAAAAUGUGUCCGAGAUGCUGUUUUUUGAAGUAUAGUUUAUUUGUUAUAUGUAGUUUCUUUGAAAUUUGUUGUAUAGUAGUGUUAUUUCUCCUUUUUUAAAGAAAAAUCUAUUGAGGAUGCUAAAAUUUCAUUUUAAUAAGAAUUGCAUUUUAUGCCAGCCUUUUUGUUGCUGGUUGGUGAUAGGUGUUUUUAUUCUGAUUUUAAAGUUUCAACAAUUCUUAUAGCUAAUUUUCAAAUUUUGAAGAAAAGUUAUUUCGUUACUUGUACUUUGAUGUACCUGCCAACUAUUGCCUAUCAUACGUAAUAAGAAACACUACAUAAAUAAGCAUAGUUUAGUACAUGAUCAUCUUAGAAAAAUUUAACAUUUCUUGUUCAAUUCUAAAAGAAAGCAUCUAUAGUUAGCCAACAGACUGGUAGAAAUAAUAUUUGCACCAAAUGCUCUGAUUGUACUUGCUGCAUAUUGCUAUUGGCAUGGAGACAUUUUUUUUUUCUGUUAUUCAAGUUAAAAUUUUUAAAAGCUUAUAUAAAUCAGAAAUACAAUUAAAAUUUGUUUUCAGUAAUUUUGUCCAAAGUUCUUAUCAGAAUAACAUGAAUGGAUCAGAGCUUUUAAAUGUUAAUUUUACAUGGUUUAUCAAGAAUAAAUGAUGAAUUAAAUUUUAUUGUGUUAUUGUUUUUUAGUGUUUUAUUGGCAGUUUACUUGUAACCCAUUUAUUGCAACAAUUAGAUUGCUUGUGCCUAGUGAAGUUCAUUACAUGCAAGAUUAAGAGUAAAUUCUCAAUAUUUUUUAUGCCUAAGAGAUGCUUUAGGAUCAAACUUAGAAGGCUUUUGUUUAGUUUCAACAAUGUUGGCAGGUGUACAAUUAGUAUGCAAUAGUACUUAAAUAAUAUCUUUUGGAUGUGUUUGUACACAAAGAAUUGCCAUUGCUUUGAAAACAAUAAAUGAGAAAAGCCAACAUUAUUAAAGUAUAAAUUGCAAUCUAGGCGAUUCUAUCAAAUACAAUUGAUACUUUAAUAACAUUGAUGCUUUGAUAUUUCAUCUUUUGGUUAUUAAUGUUCAUUGCUCAAAUUACCUACUUUCGGCAUGUAUUGUGAUACUUAUUGCUUUUGUUUUCAUUGAUUGAUCUUUGGGUUUGUGAUGAUUUAAGUAUUUUUUUCAACAUACUCCAACUAUUCAAUUUGACGGCUCAAAGGGCUUCAUAUCAUUUAGUCGAACCUCAAAGUAUUGCAUUUAAUCUUAUUCAUUAAACAUGUGGGGUAAUGUUUUUUCUUUGAGAAAUGUAUGGCUUCAGAAACAGAUUUGCAGUGAAAAAAAAAAAAAAAAAAUUGAAAGUUAUAUCAUGUAAUGGUUGUUUCUGCCUACCCUCCCCUCCCUUCCUUUUUUUAAAAGUCUUAAAUGCUAUUUUAGUUUAUUUUAUGUGAUUCUAGUUUUUUGAGAAGUAAAAAUUGUCUGGAAAUUUUCCAAAUAUUAAAUUUAAUAACUUCUGCUAUAUUUUUUAAAUAAUACCGCUUAUUUGCACUUAUAGAUGCUUUUAUUGUUUUCAUUAAUAAAACAAGUGUCUCGAAGAACUAUGGAUACAUAUUUGUUAGAAUUCCUGUGCUAUUUUUUGUAUUCUGCAAUUCUGCAAUUAAUAGCGAUCAAAUAACAAUGCUAUAUUAAAAAAGAGCUCUUUUAAAAACUUUUAUCAUGUUUUUACCUUUUUUAAAAUUAUAAGCCAGUGUUAUUAAUAAUUCAGUACUAUUUUGAAUUUAUGUGCAGUAUUCUACAAAAAUUAUUUUUCAUCAAAAGCAUUUUGCAUUAAAAACCAUAAAAUGUAGUUUAUAUAUUCAUGCAUAUUGUAACCAAUAAAGUAUUUUCUUCCA